AUGGGUGCGGGCGUUUUCCCACCCUCGUACAGAGUGAACGUGGAGAGCGCGCGGGCCGCGGCGGGGCGGGCGGGGCUGCGCUCCACGGCGGGAGCCACCGGGCUGCGGGCGGGAGCGAGGCGCAGGCGUGCUCCCGGGCCACGGCCCCCACGUGGCUGUGCCGGCGGCCCCCGAGGGCUUCCCCGCCUCUGGCCGGGAAGAGAGGCUGCUACGCCGCCGCAGGGCCUUGGGCGGGUCCGAGGCGCCGCUUGGCGCGGGGGGCGGGCUGCCCUCCACCAGGGCGCAAAAGCGAAAGGCACCUCCUUCGAGCCGGAAUCGAACCAGCGACCUAAGGAUGUCCACACAGCGUCGAGCCUACAGUCCUCCGCUCUACCAGCUGAGCUAUCGAAGGGUGCGCGCCUCCAGGCCCGGGCCCUUCCUUUUUCUGGAAAUGCCGGAGCGCGGCACCGCGACGCCGGAGGUGACACAGGCCCUGGGCUGCUUGGAAGCCCUUUGAAGAGAGCGGUGGUCCGGCGUGGCUGCGGCCGAGCCUUGGCGCUGGCCGGCAUCCGGGCGACGACUUUCAAGAUGCCUGGGCCCCGCGCUCACCUGUGUCCGCCUUUCCCCUCCCCACGCCCCUUUCGACAGCAUUUAUUUAAAAGGGCUUACAGCUGUGAAUACGGUUCUCUUACAACCCCAAAGUGUCUCUCUCAAGGACGGGGAGCCACUCCUUUGACACGUGAUCCGGAAGGAUAGGGCCGCGGUCUCCCAGUUUCUGCGCGUCGAGCCAUCCGAACUCCACUUACGGCCCGCUGACAAACACAGACCUGCGUCUGUACUGACCUACCCUUUGCAGGUUUCCACUUCGGACUCUACUGAGGCCCCUGCCUCUCCUUCUCCCUUUAA